GCCAGGAACGCAGGAACGUGUAGUCUCGUAGAAUGCCUUUUGAAAAUACGUUUUCAGCGUGAAUUCACAUACCUUCCGUGCGGAGGAACGUUCGAUCAUCGCUGCUGUAAGAAUAGUUGGAAGAAAGCUUUCAAGGAUCCAAAACGUAGUAGAGGGGGGGAAAGGACGAGAAAAAAAAGUUCAAAGUCACUGGGGCGUAAGGAGACCCUUGGCGAAGCUGAAUGCUGUAAAUUUUCAGCGAAACGCACGGUUCGCUCCCAAGAAUAGGAAAUGCAAUCAAUGAAAAGUAUAGUUCCCGCACGAGGAAGAACUCGAAGCCAGCACCCAAAAAUUGAUCAGCUUUAAUCCAAUGAAAAAUAUAAAGCAUCGAGUGCGGUCGGACUGGUACUACUAAUUCUUCGUAAAUUUGAUCUCACAUGACGAAUCCCAUCGGAAUGCCGUUGCCCACCCUCUCGAAUCUAUUGUAUUUCGAAAUAAGAAAAGCCAUCCAUAUCCGGUUCCGUUCGAGAUCCAAGUCUUGCGAGACUCGUGUUAAAGUGGCGCAAUAGCAAGUGAAGCGCGCAGCCUGCCCGUCCGACAGGCGACUCAGGCAAGUCAGUCUCCAGGUACCUCGGGUUACUACGAAGCAAAGCCGACACCUAGAGCUAUCCACCCACGGCAUUAAAUACAGGGAACCCGCGUGCUCGGAGUUUGCGCGGUAAUGCGGCGAGUAGCGCGCGCCGGGCGGCGGCAGUACCGCUUUUGCUGCAGUCGAUAUCCCACUCGGUCCGAUUGCCAGUAUCGCGAACACCUCGGCGAAUUCGAUCCUCGACAUACCGCGUACACGGUGACUAUUGCUGAUUCGUACGAUCGGACCUGUCUCCGGACAGGACGGGCAAGCUGUUGAAGAGGCCGGGCAGUGCUGAACGUAUUCUGGAAAGACCCCGAGGAGUGACGGUGAAAAUUGACUGACCUAAACACAGGGCAGGCAGGCAGCCAAGCAGGCAAGCAGGAAAGGCCGGAAUAGGGCAGCAUGGCGUGGGGCUACUGGAGCGCGACUACCGUCGGCGACAGGGGUAGAUCGCCCCGACGUGAAAAGGACAAGCAGAGUCUUCAUCAUCAUCAGCAGCAGCAGCAGCAGCAGCAGCAACAGCAGCAAACUAACCAGUCGGAUGCCUUGCAGAGUUGCUCCGGUGUACAGCAGUUGCAGAGUGAAUUGGGUGCAGGUGCGAGCGAGGAACCACCCUGCAGCCUGAUGAUCCAGGGUGCUUCCUUUUACUCGUAUUCGGCAGCCGCGGCCGCAGCGGCGGCGGCGGCUGCGGCUGCUGCCGCCGCCGCUGGAAGGAGAACCUCCGCCGUCGAAGGAUGUUCCACUGCACUACAGGUUCUACCUAGGGAGCUACAGCCGCGACCUGGUUCUAGCAACUACCCGCCCUCGCCCUGUAGCGAAUCCGCUGAUUACGAGCAGCCCAGCCAUCACAAUAGUUAUGCCCAGGACGGCCCUCACGCUGAUUCCAUUUUACCACCAUCGGUCGCUGCCAGGUUGAUGAUGCUUCGGGAUGACGACGAGGAUGGCUCAGAAGGUGAUCUCGACGACGCUACUGCCGCCGAUAUUAUCUACGCUUCCAAUAGUCGUGCACAACCUGGACCCAGUGGAUGUCUCGUGCAUGGUCCCUGUAAUCCACUUCCGGAACCCGCACCUUCCGUUUCUUCACUGAUCGGCGAGCACCACCCACCGGGAUCCAUUCCUGGAUGCACCUCGCAAUUCUGGUUCAACGAUAUCACCUGGGUUUUUCCAAAUGUGCCCGCCGCGCCGGGAAUGCCGUGCCAGGGUGAAGACAGGAGCAUCUACAGACGAGGUGCCCGCAGAUGGAGGAAGCUCUACCGGGUGAACGGUCACAUAUUUCAAGCAAAACGUUUCAAUCGAAGAGCCUUUUGCGCCUUUUGUCAAGAUCGCAUCUGGGGUCUUGGUCGUCAGGGCUUCAAAUGUAUCCAGUGCAAGCUGUUGGUUCACAAGAAAUGUCACAAAGUCGUUCGCAAGCCAUGUCUGAACUUACAGCAACAGCAACAAUCGUCGGAACAACAGACGACAGAUAGAAAUGGCGAUCAACAACAGCCAGAUUCGCCCCAGCGUAGUCCUGCGGCGCAUCUCGAGGAUGAGACAACGGAAUCCUCAGUGGCUGAAGAUCCUUCCCGUGCCCGCACAGGAAGUGACGAAGGCGAGGAACUCGCCCUGGAUGCGGUAUCCGGUGCGGACGGCGCGAACGAAAUGCAAAGACAAUAUUCACUGAGUGACUUCGAGCUGAUCAGGGUAAUCGGUCGUGGAUCUUACGCGAAGGUCCUGAUGGUCGAGUUGAAACGUACGAAGAGGAUCUACGCGAUGAAAGUAAUCAAGAAAGCCCUGGUGACCGAUGACGAAGACAUCGACUGGGUUCAGACUGAGAAGCACGUCUUCGAGACGGCCUCGAAUCAUCCAUUCCUCGUGGGGCUACAUUCCUGUUUCCAGACACCCUCGCGCCUUUUCUUCGUCAUCGAAUUCGUACGCGGUGGCGACCUGAUGUUCCACAUGCAGAGGCAGCGUCGUCUUCCGGAGGAACACGCACGAUUCUAUGCGGCUGAGAUCAGCUUAGCCUUGAACUUCCUGCACGAAAAAGGUAUUAUAUAUCGAGAUCUGAAACUGGACAACGUACUCCUGGAUCACGAGGGACACGUUAAGCUCACCGAUUACGGAAUGUGCAAGGAAGGCGUCAGAGAGGGUGACACGACAGCUACAUUCUGCGGUACUCCGAAUUACAUAGCACCUGAAAUUCUACGUGGGGAGGACUACGGGUUCUCGGUCGAUUGGUGGGCGCUGGGUGUUCUGCUCUACGAGAUGCUGGCUGGCCGAAGUCCUUUUGACAUUGCCGGUGCAUCCGAGAAUCCAGAUCAGAACACCGAGGACUAUCUCUUCCAAGUGAUCCUCCAGAAGACUAUACGUAUUCCACGAUCGUUAUCCGUAAAAGCAGCUUCCGUCCUUAAGGGCUUCCUCUGCAAGGAUCCUGCUGAGAGACUCGGAUGCGGACCUUCAGCCUUCCUCGACAUCGUCGCACAUUCAUUCUUCAAAGCUAUUGAUUGGGAGAUGUUGGAGCAAAAGCAGGUCAGCCCGCCUUAUAAACCUCGCUUGGAUUCCGAUCGUGAUUUGGCAAACUUCCCGCCGGAAUUCACGGACGAGCCUGUGCAUCUCACUCCUGACGAUCCCCGAGUCAUCGACAAGAUCGACCAAAGCGAAUUCGAAGGAUUUGAAUACGUGAAUCCUCUUCUGAUGUCACUGGAGGAUUGCGUGUGACAGGAGUCGACCUUUCUCCAUUAUCAAGAACCUCAGGAAGAUCAGCAACGGCGG